AUGGACUCGCCGUCUGCAACCGUGCAGCGUAGGAAGGUUGCUGAUGACGAGCUCAGGCGAGCCCGACGAGCGUGUACCUACUGUCAAAGGCGCAAGGCUCGAUGUUUUCAGUCGUUGUCCACAACAACUCCAUCGGGUGGAUGUGUAAACUGUGCGCGGCGUGGAGUGGCUUGCAGUCUCGAGAACACCGAACGGAGACAGGGUGCUCGGCCUCCACAUUCCAUGACGCCAGAACUACCUUCGCCCCGAUCAAGCAGCAUGGACAUACCAGCACGUGUCGAGACAGCGUCUACUAGCCCUGAGAAAAUACCGGACCUUGUCAUUGAAGACUUGUCCUCGCAAUAUCUGCUUGACAGGGUGCGGGAAUCCAUGUUUCUGGGAAGACCUUCGUCGCCGACAAGGCCAUCCAAAUCGCCCAAGAAAUCGAAGGAACGUUUAGACGAGGGACUGCUCGAGAGGACAAAGCGCGCUUUCCCUCCCAGGCAGGUGGCAGAUUUCCUGCUCGGAGUCUGCAUCGACUAUGGAACCGACUAUUACUUUUACUUCCCUCACAAGCAAUUCAGAAGGAGAAUACAGGAGUUUUACGACGACCCGGACCAUACCUCCAAUAGCAGUGCCAGCUUUCUAUGCAUGGCACUCUCGUCAUUUGCUAUAGGUACUCAGUUUGCACACCUAGUCGACAAUCGACUCACACAGGGUGAAGCUGCCAGCAUGCAGAAGCGGGCAGGUUCCGGGUUCUACAGCGCCGCUCAGGCCCUGGUAUCUCACUUAAUCACCAGUCCUUCAGUCGAGUCAGUCCAGGCCUUGGAAAUGCUUUCUAUCUACGCAUUUCCCUUCGACGCUCGUGGCACUUCGUACCUCUAUCUAGGCUUAGCCCUGCGUAUGUCCAUAUCUAUUGGCCUACACCUGAACAGCGCCGAGCUGGAUAUUUCCGAAUUUGAUCGAGAGGUCCGCCAUCGCACGUUUUGGAGUGUGUUCCUACUCGAAGAGCCGAUGAUUUUCCGGAAUCCGACUUCGGAAAGCAUGCAAGAAGUCCAUCGCCUCGUGCGUGAACUGCAGGCAUGGAAGUCUUCACUGCCUCGAUCCCUGGAUCUACGACACAUCAACCACCAGUCGAAACUCUACAGAGCUGUGGUUCAUCUACACGCCAAUUACCACCACGCGUGGAUCAUGUUGACUCGGGAACCGUUGGUUGAGUUAGUGAAGAGCACGAUGGAGCACAGACUGAGGACAUCAAGCUCGGGCCCCGUUCCCAACCCAUGUCAACAUCCUCUAGAUUUUCCCAAGCUUUGCCAUCAGGCCGCAAGAUCUAUGCUAGAUCUGUACUCAACCCUUCAGAGCGUGGACAUGCUUGCAAGAUCGUCCUUUACCGACUUUCAAGGAUGCAGCACCGCAACCGUAAUCGUGCUACUCAACGGUGCAAUACAUCGAGGGGAAAGCUAUCAGAGCGACGUCAAGUCGGCAUUUAACGCACUGUCGUUCAUGGCUGCGGAGAAUGAUCGGACUCGUGCUGCCCUUCAUUUCAUCUGUAGCCUUCAGCGGCUGACUGAUGAAGCGUACAACCGGAUCCACGGUGCACUCCCAGUGGAAGACGAAAACCUUGCAGGAAAAGACGACGCUUUGAGCAUAUACGAGAAUUGGCUCAUUGCAUCUAGAGAGCCGCCCCAGACAGCGAGUCGCAACUCGCCUACACCAGGGGAUUACACAAUACCGACAGGAGAUCUAUCGAGGCCAGGAAUGGCUGCAGUAGGUAUCGAUCCCGCUAAGGUUGAUCACUCCAGGGCCACUUCUGUCCUCCCAGGAAGUGGUCUCCCUUCAGCAGACUGGAUGCAUGGGCACCUUUCACAUGGUUGGAUGCCAGGGAUUGAGACUGGCUUUAGCUUCCCGCCAGACGACUUCCUCGGUUCGCCUUCCGUCUCUGAUACAUUCAUUGCAGAUGUCACUGGUAUCCAUGACCUGCUUGAUUUUGGAUUUCAGUAG